AUGGUGACAUGGUCCUACAUAAUGGCCGUUAUAACUCCUCCUGGUACCGUGCCUUCGGUGUUCCAGCAGCGCUCCAGGUCAAGUGCGGCUCUAGCCCUUGCGACCUUCUAUGAGCCCCUGACAUUCCGAAAGGCAUUUCCGGCUGAUGUAGUUGAAGGGAAAGCGACCGAUCCGAAUGACCAUAGGAGUGAAGCAGCGCUCUAUCCCCCCCUUUCUCACCGUAGUGCGCUAGGCAGCACAAUGGUGCGCGUAUUUCCAGCCAACCCUAACAGUAGCGACGAAAGCGCUGACUCAGAUUCGUGUGGUCCUUUGUCUGAUCCAGGCUCCUUGCAUGAGACGUUCUUCUUCAACCCGAGUGUCCAUGCAUACACCAGCGUGUGGAAUUCAAACCUCAACUUUUGCCCAGUGUGCGCCCGUUACAAGCCGCCUAGGGCGCAUCACUGCAGGCACUGCAACUGUUGUGUGCUCAAGUAUGACCACCACUGCCCAUGGUUGGGUCAGUGCGUGGGCUUCUUUAACUACAAGAAUUACCUCCUAGUGGUACUAUAUUCGUGGUUGUCUACAGCAUGGGUACUCAUGCUACUCAGUGCAGCCAUCGUGCUCCACGUCCUGGCGAAGAGCCAGACAAGCGCUCAAGACGGCACAUUGCAGGCCACUGGGUUGACGUUAGGCAGUGUGCAUGGUAAUCAACACAAUCAAGCCUUGUUGGAAAACACUUUAGCAGAGGCUUCUCCGCAGUGCCCACUAUCAGUGUUAGAGGCGCUUAGGGUGGGGGCUCCAUCUUUUGGAGUGUUUGUGUGUUUUACCGAGGCCUUGCUUUUUUUCGUGAUGACUAGUUACUUGCUGAAACGACACUACACCUAUGCACGGCAUAACAUCACGUCAGUAGAUCUGGUUAUUCACCAGCGCCGUCGGUAUGAUGGAUAUUUUUCAUCCACAUCAUCCGACUCUGAAAUCAGGUCAUCAGGUGAUACCGAAGGCACAGGCGAUUCCGCAUCCGCGAGUGGCGAACUGGAGAAUGCUGACAAGAAUGACCUUUCCUUGAAGCGUUUCAUGCGAAAAAACGUGUACGACUUAGGAGUACGGCGCAACCUCUUGCAUGUGUUUGGUGAUGCCAAGCUGCAUACUAUCCCAACUUACGUAGCCAACGGGGUAGUUCAAGAAAACAAUAGCAAUUCUUCUCGGUCUUACCAUCAUUACCGAGAUUUUAUGGAGAGUGAUGUGCAGCGAUAUUCUUGCUUUAUUCUCCGCUGGUGGUGGCGGUUGUUGCCGUUUCCGGCUUUCCCAUCACAGAUGUCCUGGACUCCGGCGAGAGAGCGGAGACACCUGAAGAAUGCCCCGGCGCCCCCUGCAUAUGGCUCCAUAUCGGAUGUCAAAGUGAAGAACUCCCUCGACAAAGACGAGGUUGACGCGGCAUUUUCGGCCUCCUCCAAUAGUAUUCUGGAAGAGUAUGGUGUCACCGGGCUGCAUCUGCUAGGACUGCGAUUCCCAACUAAAGAUUCCCUUGGUUUGUAA